AAAACUUUGGCAACCUGGAAGUUCAUUCUGCUUUUUCUGAGACCUUACAUUAUCUUGUUACAGGAACAUGACAUAGAAACAACUCAUGGUGUGGUCCACGCCACUAUAAAGAGGCUUCCAAAGGAAAACAGACCAGUUAUACUAACGAGCCAUGACAUUGGCCUCAGCCAUAAAUCCUGUUUCAAUGCAUUCUUUAACUUUGAGGAUAUGCACGAGAUCACCCAGCACUUUGCUGUCUGUCAUGUGGAUGCCCCAGGCCAGCAGGAAGGUGCACCCUCUUUCCCAACAGGGUAUCAGUACCCCACAAUGGAUGAGCUGGCCGAAAUGCUGCCUCCUGUUCUUACCCACCUAAGCCUGAAAAGCAUCGUUGGAAUUGGAGUUGGAGCUGGAGCUUACAUCCUCAGCAGAUUUGCACUCAACCAUCCAGAGCUUGUGGAAGGCCUUGUGCUCAUUAAUGUUGACCCUUGCGCAAAAGGCUUGAUUGACUGGGCAGCUUCCAAACUCUCUGGCCUGACAACCAAUAUUGUGGACAUUAUUUUGGCUCAUCACUUUGGGCGGGAAGAGUUACGGGCCAACCGGGACCUGAUCCAAACCUACAGAAAGCAUAUUGCCCAAGACAUCAACCAACACAACCUGCGGCUCUUCUUGAACUCCUACAAUGGACGCAGAGACCUGAAGAUUAAAAGACCCAAACUGGGCCAAAAUGAUAACCAAUCAAAAACUUUAAGGUGUUCUACGUUACUUGUGGUAGGGGACAAUUCGCCUGCAGUUGAGGCUGUGGUUGAAUGCAAUUCCCGCCUGAACCCUGUAAACGCAACUUUGCUAAAGAUGGCAGACUGUGGGGGACUGCCCCAGGUAGUUCAGCCUGGGAAGCUCGCCAAGGACUUCAAGUACUUUUUGCAGGGAAUGGGCUACAUCCCAUAUGUGCAGCUCAGUCACCUGAGCACCGAGUCAGUACCAUCUGCCAGCAUGACUCGGCUCGCCCGAUCACGAACCCACUCAACCUCGAGUAGCCUCGGCUCUGGAGAAAGUCCCUUCAGCCGGUCUGUCACCAGCAAUCAGUCAGAUGGAACUCCAGAAUCCUAUUUCCGUCGAUGAUGUGCUUCUGAGUGCUCUGCUGAGGAACAAUGGGAAGUCUGCCCAGCAGAAGAAAAUCCCUGCCAAGCCCAAGCUUGAGUACCUCUGUGCAAGGCCAGGGACCUGUGAC